AUGCAGGACUUUGCUCCGCCCCCAGGCCCUCCCCCGCCCAAGGCCCCCGAAGUGCCCUCCGGCUGGGUCGCACGAUGGAAUGAGCAAUACAAAGAAUGGUUUUACGUUAACCUGUACACGAAGAAGUCGCAAUGGGAGAAGCCGACGGCGCCGGUGUCCCCCCCGGGCGAAGAUGGACCCGACGGACCACCCCCAGGGUACGAGCCUGGCCACACGCCGCAGCCUACCGACAGCAAGAAGAACCCGUACGAAGACCGACAGGGAAGCGGCACCAACCUUGCCGCAGGGGCAUCGUCGACGCUCGACGAGGAUGCAAAGCUCGCCGCUAAGCUGCAGGCCGAAGAGGAUGCCUUGGCGCGCCAGGGCAACCAGAGCAACGCCGGCUACGGCGGCGGCGGUGCGGCCGCUUCGUACCUUCAACAGUCGAGCAACAAUCCGUACGAAGGGUACUCGCAGCAGCAGCAGCAGCCCUCGCGGGACGACGCACAGCGGGGCAAGAGCGGGCUCAUAGGGAAGCUGUUUGGCAAGGGCAAGAAUUCCGCUUCCGGCCAAAACUACGGGAGCAACUCGCAGCAAGGCUAUUACCAGUCGCCUCCGCCGCAGCAGUAUGGGGGUUACCCCCAGCAGCAGUACGGAUACGGAGGUGGAUAUGGACAAGCCGGAUACGCCGGGUACGGCCAGAGGCCGCCUAAGAAGAACGGCGGCAUGGGAGGAGCCAUGGGCAUGGGUCUCGCUGGUGGCGCGCUUGGUUUGGGAGCCGGUGUCUUGGGGGGCGCCCUCAUCGCGAACGCCAUUGAUGACCACCACGACCACGAGCAGCAGGAGGCAUACGAGGAUGGAUACCAGGAUGGCGCUGAUGGAGGAGACUAUGACGGUGGUGAUUUUGACGGCGGUGGCGACUUUGACGGCGGCGGCGACUUCUAA